UUUAAAGAGAUUCUCCAGACUGUGUAGACAGUACCAGGAAUACAUACGUCCUUAGUUAUUGAAUAUACAAGUCAAAACAAAUAUUGUUCUGUGUCCAUUCUUCCUUUAAACUGUCUUUCCGGAGUAUAUUAUAAAUUAAUUUGAAUAUUUUUGAUUCCCUUAAUCAUCUCACUACACAUGUCUCACAUAUUAUUAUUCGAUUGCUAAGUAUUUCAAUAUGAUUUCUGAACCAAAUUCUUUCAUCACACUUCCUGUUGUCAUCGUUUUUUCAUGCAUUGUCUGUUGUUCAAAAAUUCUAAGGAAAAAUAAGCGUUUGCCAUCAAAUCAACUUUUAUGUGUCAUCAACAUUCAUUUCAGUCAUCAAUUCGUUAGAGUUUGGAGAUGGUCUUGUAGAACUGAGGUUUGCGCAGAUAGGAAUGUGCACAAACUCCGACUAGUAGAGAAACAGGAAUACGAAACUUUCAUUAGAAUAAAACGUCAUCAUCGUUUGAUGACGGACUACAGCAUCACACUCAGUGUUAACCGAUAUGAAAAUUCGUGAACUACGGCUCAAACGUCUGAUUUAGAGUCAGUGUGUUUUCAAUAGCCUGAGAAUUCAGUAGACAC